UAGGCUUGGGUUUGUGGUAUAAAAUGAUGUCCAAAUGGUAUUUUAAAUUAAAUUAUGGGGGGAAAAAAGUUACCUUAGUUUGAAAUGGAGAAUUAUGGAAACUAGCCAUUGUGAGUCGUAUAAGGAAAGCUGGUAGGGAACUACUUUCUUUCUAUACAUGCUCUCUUGCUCUCGCUACUUGCUAGUAAUUGCUUCUGUAAUAAUUGAUCCUCUCUCUCAUGAUGUUCAUUGAAGGUCUGGACGACACCGCCAUUCAAUGGAUCAAGCAGGGAUCACAAGUGGAAGACUCUAAGCCUGAGCCCGAUGCUCCCACAUGGUCUCCUCUAUCUGAGAGAAGAAUAGUUAGUGACAGAUUCCUAAGAUCUCCCGUUCUUGACUCUCCUAUUCUCCCUCCGCUCAAGUUCUAUACUGCCUUGCUCACCCCUCAAAAUAUUGCCUUUUCCUUCGGGGAUGACACUGAUGAAAGCACUGUUUCACUCCCCGACGAUGCCGACUCUUCUGAUGAAGAACUCUCUGCUCCAAGUAACUUGGAUUACUUGGAGAGGCCAAUCUCACACUGUUACGAUGAGGAUGAACUCUUUGGAUGUAAACUCCUUAAACCCCAACGCUCCAAUGGCGUCCUCAAGAAAGGUUUGGCCAAUCAAAACCUGACACUUCAACUUUCCAAUACUCUCGGUGUUUAAAAGAAGCUCACACCUGAUGGAGGAGUUCACCUUCACAAGCAGGUUCACCUGUGCAGUCUCAAUUAUCUUGAUAAUUCAGUUGAGUUUGUUACUCCUCCAAGUGCUCCUCCUAUAAUUGAUGCUGAUUUUCCACCUCAACUUGAGAGAUUCUCCAUAAUUCUCCAUUUUCUACCAUUUAGACAUCAUCUUUCCCUCUAAAUGGUAACUGCUAUUUUCUGUUCUCAUGACUCUGUUAUUGAUGAUACUGAUGUGACAUCUUUCCCUUUUAUUGGAUUACUAUGUCCCUAGUUCUUAUGGCUCAUAUUUGUACUAAUGUUUUUAUUUAGUGUGAACUAAGGAUAUUCUAUACUGAAAGUAGCUUUUGGAAAGGGACACCUUAUUUCUUAAUUGUAGUAAUAUAGUUUGCGCUUGUACAAACCUGAGUCAGAUUUAAGAAGGCACUCAAAUCUGUUUAUCAUAUUUAAUUAUAUAUCUUGGGUUUAAUUUGUA